UCGACUUCCGACAAGCGUGAAUUCUUCGAGGGAAGAAAGUAGUUGAUCAACAACAGAAUCGCAUCUGCGGACGAGGCGGUCGGGCCACCGAUAGCGCUGGAGUUACAGCUACAUGUUUGCGCAAUAUUAAUCAAGACCUGAUCAUGAAUGUCGGCGUUGCGCACAGCGAGGUGAACCCCAACACCCGCGUCAUGAACAGCCGCGGCAUCUGGCUUACAUACGCGCUGGGGGUCGGCUUGCUUCACAUAGUCCUGCUCAGUAUCCCUUUCUUCACUGUUCCCGUUGUCUGGACCCUCACUAAUGUGAUACACAAUCUGGGAAUGUACGUGUUCCUCCAUGCAGUAAAAGGAACUCCCUUUGAAACUCCCGAUCAGGGAAAGGCUCGGCUGCUCACGCACUGGGAGCAGCUGGAUUACGGUGUGCAGUUUACCUCUUCCAGAAAGUUCUUUACCAUCUCACCAAUAAUCCUAUAUUUCCUUGCCAGUUUCUACACAAAGUAUGACACAGUGCACUUCGUGAUCAACACUUCUUCUCUGCUGAGUGUGCUCAUCCCCAAGUUACCACAGCUACACGGAGUCCGCCUCUUUGGGAUUAAUAAGUAUUGAACCUGGAGACAGGGGCCUCUGGAAGUCAGCAUUCCAGAUCACUGGUCACGUUGUGCACGACGAGAUGAACUGAUAAAUAGCUGAACUUUGUACGGCAGUAAUGUUUGCUAAGCAGUUUUUGUAAACAAUAGGUAAUUGUCACUUUCAUUGUGAGACACAGAGAGUUUUUGUAAGAAACUGUGUAGUGCUAACUUAUAUAACUAUUUAAUUUUGUUUUUUUUUUCAUUUCAUUGGACUGGGCAGGCCCGGGUCUUUAACUUAAAGCUACUUUUAAAAUAACUUUUUGGAAUAUUUUCAGUUGAGGUUUCUCUAUUGUAGUGAAUCAUCCUUUGUACUCCAUUCCCCUUAUAAUGUCAGAAAAGCUAUCAAAUGUAUGAUUAUUAAGAACAAGGGCCUGUCCCUCAAGCUCAUGCAUGUAUUAUAUUCACAUUGAUUGAUGGAUGUUAAUUUACUGGUUUCUGAAAAAGUCCUGUGGGUAAAGUACUACUUCACAUCAUGCCCUUGGGAUAAGAGUUAUUUGUUUUUCAGUGAAGGACUUAUUUCUGAGAGUCCACUUCAUUUUGUGUAUGUAGAUGUGCACUAUUCAUGUUAAAAGAGCACUCGGUGAAAGAAGCACAGUGACUGAUUAUAGAUGCUUAUUAACAUAGCAGUUGACGUUCCUGGUUUUCCGAUAGUUCUUCCUUUAACCAAAGCUCCCUGUAACAGCCUCUGCCCCUUGAUUAGUUAUUGGAAUUCCCCCCCCCCAAUAGCCCCUAAUGUGCCUGACAUAAUAAAACAUGCUGUGUCCCUAA